AUGGGAGUGGCCCUGAGUCCCCGCCCCGAGAACCAGCAGGAGGCGGGGCGCAUGCACGCCGCAGCCCUUGCAAUGCUACUGCCCGCGCCCCGCGCGCCCCGCUCCCGCGCCCCGCGCGCCCCGCGGGCGCGCCGCCCGCGCCGGCCCCGGGCCCCCCCUCGUCCGGGGGCCCCAUCGGAGACCGAGGCGGGCGCUCUCUUGCUCUGCGAGCCAGCAGGGCCCGUGUACACGGGCGGGCUACGCGGCGGCCUGACGCCGGAGGAAACUACGCGGCUGAGGGCCUUAGGCGCCGAGGUGCGCGCCACCGGCCGCGGGGGCCUGGCCCCUCCCCACGGCCCGGGCCAGCUGCUCUGCCACCCUGUGCUUGACCUGCGGCGUCUAGGCCUGCGCCUGCGCACCCACGUGGCGGCGCUGGAGGCGUGCGCCGUGCGCCUGUGUGAGCUCCGAGGCCUGCAAGGAGCCCGCGCGCGGCCGCCACCCUACACCGGUGUCUGGCUGGGCGAGCGCAAGAUCUGCGCGAUCGGAGUCCGCUGUGGAAGGCACAUCACAUCCCACGGCCUGGCUCUGAACUGUUCUACAGACCUCACUUGGUUUGAGCACAUUGUGCCCUGUGGACUGGUUGGGACAGGAGUCACUUCCCUGAGUGAGGCACUCCAGAGACUCAUCACUGUGGAUGAAGUAAUGCCAUCUUUCCUUGUGGCCUUCCAGGAGACUUUCAAGUGCACAUUAAUCUCUGAGGAUAGCCCCAGCUGAAGGGCACUCAUUCUUCUUAGCCCAGGGGCCAUGGCCGGGCCGUAAAAAGCUUCUAGUCUGACUUGAGUCCCCAGAACCUGAUUCUAGAACUGCUCUGUGAAGAACUGACCAUGACCAAGGACAGAUCCUGAGCUGUUGCUUCCUGUGUCUCCCUACCUACCUCAGGGGUCGCUAUGAAAAGUCACAUGCUACAUAAAGCAUUCCGUGACUGUUAACCCAUGUUCCUUGGCUUGGAGACACUCUCGUGUCAUAAAGUGAUGUUUCUUAAUUACUUGCUUCUUCUCAGUGCUGUAUCUAACAGCGAUUUGGGUCUGUACGUCUUUUGUGUUCUGUGGGAAUCAAAUCUCUAUGACCCAGGUGAAAGGGAUGUGAUAAAGUUAUUCUCAAAAGACCUGGGCCUGUCUUCAAUAAAGGGGAAAGCCUCUUCAAAAAAUAAAAUGAGAUUUUUGCCUUUCUAGGUUGAAUCCCUCAA